AUGAAGUAUACAAGUUCUUUCUUGGCUUUUCAGCUCUGCAUCAUUUUGGGUUUCUCUACCUAUUAUUGCGAGUCAAGAUUUACAAAAGAAAUAAACAUUCUAAAGGACUAUUUUAACGCAAGCAGCUCAGAUGUAGGAGAUAAUGGAACUCUUUUCGUAGGCAUUUUGAAGAAUUGCCAAGAGGAGAGUGACAAAAAAAUAUUUCAGAGCCAAAUUGUCUCCUUCUACUUCAAACUCUUUGAAAAAUCCGGAGGCAACCAGAUUGUCCAAAAGAGCAUGGACACCAUCAAGGAAGACAUCAUCGCUAAGUUCUUCCACAGCAACAGCAGCAAACUGGACGUCUUCCAAAGCCUGACUCGAAUUUCAGUAGAUAAUGUGGAUUUCCAGCGCCGAGCCAUCAUUGAACUCAAAAAAGUGAUGGAUGAUCUGUCUCCGAACCAGCGGAAACGAAGAAGGAGUCAGAUGUUGUUUCGGGGCCGGAGAGCAUCUAAAUAA